AUGUUUAUUAUAAUACAAUUUUAUAUUCAUUUUAUUCUUAAUACUUAUAGGAAAGGUAUUCAGAUAUUUAUUCUUGCCUUUUUAAAGACUCAAAAACAAUUCAUCUAUCAAAUUCUAUUCAUCAUAAUUAGUAGAAAAAUACAAAAAACCUUAUCUCCUAAAUAUUAAUUAUUCUAGAAUAAAUGCUAAAGUUGGUUAAGGUCGAUUGGAAUUUAGAUAUUUAAGAUAUAUAAAUUUGACCCCUUUGAAUAAUAUAAUUUUUAGAUAAAACGAUAGAAUCUUAUCCUAGUCAACUACUAUUUACAAGCAUUAUCGGCUUAAUAAGUUAAAGGUAAUUAAUUUAUUAAUUAGCCAAAUAUUUUUAUUGUGAAUUACAAAAUUAUUUUUAUCAAUAUUUCAAUAUUAUCUUAAACUUUAUAGUUAUUGUUGUUUUAUGUUUCAACUAAAUAUUUUAUUGUAUCGACUCCAAUAUUUAACCUCAAAUUAAUGAUAUCUCAAUUAUUCAAUUGCUUUCAUGCGUCCUUAUUAUUUCUUCAAAUUUUUUAUUCUUUUUAUUUACAAUACUUAAUCUUCAGAAUUGCAAAUUAAUGUUAAGAUAGUCUUCUUUAUCUAGAAAAUUUGAAUAACUUAGAUUAUUUGCCUAUAAUCUUCUCAUCUUCUUCAUCUUUAAAAAAUCAGCAUCAACAUGAGUCCCUAAAUCAUUCUAUAUUUUUUCAAUUCUUUUUAUUAAAACUUAUUUUUAUACUUCACUAACCAUUACAUUCUUUUGCUCUUAUCAUUAAUAGUUCUUGUUAUUCUUUUGCAUGUUCAUUCAAAUUCUUACCAGAUAAUGAAGUAUAUUUCUAAUCUUUAGGGUAAUAUUUGACAGAAUUUAUAUUCUCUUUUAUUUCAGAUUCUAAUGCAAAUAGUGGUUCUCUUUUCUCAGCAAUUUCCAGUUCUUUUUACUCAUUCUAUUUUUAAUUUGGUUGUUCUAUUUGGCCUUUAGAUCUUAUUAUUUAAUCUAUUUUCCUUCUUCAUUUAAAUGGCCCUUAUUUUAAUUCAUUAUUGUACUUAAUCUACUAGUCUUUGAAGAUCUCUAAUUUAUUUUUUAAUUUCUUGCAACUCUUACCUUCUUUUUGA